GGGUUUUUUUAUUUAAUUUUUUUUUUUUUCUAAAAAAAAAAAAAAAACAACAUUUAUCACGGCCUUUUUUCGUUGUUCCGCGCCUCGGAGUUCCCGGUGAGGAAGUGGCUCUCGGUGGGUAGCCGACAUGGGGGACUCGCUGGGUCUGGUGGGGAAGCGGCUGCUGCUCCUGCUCGGGGACGCGGGCUCCGGUUCGAGCGCCGACGCGGACCCGCGAACGCGGGACUGGCUCCGCGGGACCGUGCGGGCGGUCAGCGUGAUCGGCUUGGCCAGCCCCGGGGUAGAGGUGUUCGUGGAAUUUGAGGACUGUCAGUGGCGACAGCGAUCUUGGGUGCGGGUGUACGGAGAGGAGGUGCGGGCCGUGCUGGUGGAGAGCUCCAUCGUUUGGGCAGCCUGCAGCGACCUCGCCUUGCCGGGAGAAGUGGUCACCCCUGGCUCUGCUUGGCCAGCGCUGGUGUUCCGGCCCCUGGUAGAUCGUGUUGGCUUAGGCUCCCUUGUUCCUGUUGAGUUCUUUGGGACAAGAACCCUCGGUUUUCUCCCAAAUGAGAAUUCCUUGCAGAUAUUUGAGGUAGAGAAAGAUGUGAGACAUUCAACUCUGAAGGAUCAGCCCUCUGUGCAGUCGGCCAUCAGCAGCUGGCACCGUGAUUUUGAGCUACAGGAGAUCCUGAGGAAGGGUUCAUACACGAUCCAGGGCCGCAAAGUUCGAGUGUACCAGCCUGAGUUUGAGGAACCCUGGUCCAUUGGCCUCGUCUCUCAGCACGACCCAGUCUCUCACAUUAUGGAAAUUUCCUUUGAAAAGGGUGACAAGACGGAGAUGGUGGACCCCCGGGUAAUACAUGUGAUGCUGGCUAAAGAUCUGCCUGAUGAGGGCUUGGCGGGGAAGGCCGGCAGGCGAAGGAAGGACAGCGACGAGGCAAAAGGGGAGUGCGGACGACGGCGAAGGAACACCUCAGAGAGCGAUGGAGACACAACACUAAAGCGUUUUAAAGGGGGUGUGGAGGGUGCCGUGGAUGGGCAGAACGGGGGCGGUGCUGAUGAGGGGAUGACAGAUGACAUUUUAGCAUGGGAAGGAGAGGCUGGAGGAGGAGGCGCAGGGUCUAGCAGCAGCGGUGUUGCACCGGAGGAUGUCCGGCCUCAGGCUCAGGGCUCCCCAGACUCGGGCUCCUCGCAGGGGCCGGGUAACCUCCCUUUCUCUACAUACACCAAGGAAAAUGGACGGACCCUGGUUAGCCCUGGGGACUCGGCAGCCCCCUGUCCCCCAACGUUGCCCACUCUUAGACCAGCACCCUCGCCCUUCUCCAGCACUUCCUUUCCCUCUCUGGGCCAGAUGCCCAGCCUUGUCCCAGCUGCCUCAGCCAAGCUUACUCAGCCUACAGUGCCUGAGAAGGAGGGUGCUCUGGUUAGUUUCUCCAGCUCUGGGACAUCUCCUUCUCCUGCCACGACCGCUAACGCCACCACCUCGGCUCGGAUCUUAACUGAAGGAAAUGUCUCUAAUGUCACCAGCUCUGCCGCUCCAGACUUCACUCAGAAGCCUCCCACCUGGACUGGGGCCCAAACUGAAAACUCUAAGACUCCCGUUCUAGCUGCCCCAGGGUUCAGACUGCCUCAGUCUAGCCCCCUGGGGGCUACUGUGUUUGGGGAAGCGCGCACACAAACCUCAACCCAGACCAAUGGAUCUGCUGGAUUGGAGAGUCGACCGUUCGGGUUCGGUUUUGGUGGCAAAGAGGAACCGUCGCGGGACACAGAUGCCUCGCAGAACCUGUUCUUCCAGUGUAUGGCCCGGAAACAUUCCCUGAGUCAGGGCCAGCCGGCCGGUACCAACUAUUUCACGGCCGUGUCGGAGAGCCUUAGCAAGGAGCCACCCAGCCUCUUAAAGCCUUCCGCUCCUUCAGAGGGCUCCAAGAAGGCGGUAUCGACACCAGCUUCUACAGGCUUGUUCGGGUCGGCAGCCCCUCUCAAAGAGCCUCCCAAAGCGGCUGAAGGCACACCAACUGGCAACGGUGUUGUGCCUGCCAAACCUUUUGGAGGGGAUGGUAUGCCCAAGCUCUCGCCUGCCUUUCCUGGUGGCAGCAGCUUGGGCUCUGGGCUGGGCAUGGGUGCUCUGGGUGCUGGAACGCUUGGCUGCAGUGGUCUGGGUGGUGCCAGUGGGACCUCAGGUGGUGCUGGUGGGCUGGGUCUGUUGGCGAGUUCUCAGCAGAAGGAGACUCAUGAGAACCUCUUCUUACAGCCCUCCAAGCGCGAAGAACCAACAAAUCCCUUUUUAGCCUUUGCGGAGAAACUCUCCCACAGUCCCUUCAGUGGCAUGUCUGCUGCCAGGUCAUCAGCCCAGUCUUCCGUUACCCCAUCCCCAAACUCUACCGCAAAGGGUACCUUGGGGUCGGAUCCCGCUGGCACCUUGGUAGAGGCGAAACCUAACCUCUUCACAAUGUCUGAGACUCCUAAAGGCCUUCUGUCCACUUCGUUCACUUCUCUUUCUACAACUGCAGGCUCCUCGGGAUCCAAUACCUCUCUGAACCAGAAACCACAGCCAGGGGCUUUGGAGGCCUUGCAGACGCCCAGUCCUAGUACAGAGGAGUCUGUGGACUGUGUGGAGGCAGAAGCCUCUGUAGGAGGAGGCAAGGCAGAGCCACAGGGCCCUGUGGGCUCUGGUUUCUCUUCCCUGUUUAGCAGUGUUGCUAGCAGUACUGGAGGGAGUGUUGAAGUGCCUCUUCCCUUUGAAGCCACACCCCAGAAGUUCUCUCUGAGCGACCGAGGACUCUCCACAAAGCGGGAUUCUGACUCCAGUAGCAACAGUGACCUAUCGGAUCUCAGCGAAACAGAUGCCCUCGACAGUGACCUGAACUCUCGCCAUCAGCUUUCAGUAUCAGACGGAACUUUGCUUUUGGACAAGAGCAAGCCCAAGGUCGUGAGCAAGAACCGACCACGUAACAAGCCCUUCAAAGUGGGUCAGUCAGUUCUGAAGGACAUGUCAAAGGUGCGCAGAUUGAAGCAGUCAGGUGAGGCUUUCCUCCAGGAUGGGUCUUGCAUCAACGUGGCACCUCACCUACACAAGUGCCGGGAAUGCCGUCUGGAGCGCUACCGCAAAUUUCGUGAGCAGGACCCAGAUGAGGACGAUUCUACUGUGUCCUGUCGAUUCUUUCACUUCCGCAGGUUGGCGUUCACACGCAAAGGGGUCCUUCGUGUGGAGGGCUUCUUGAGUCCCCAACAGAGUGACCCACUCGCGAUGGGUUUAUGGCUGCCAUCCUCAGGUCCUGUGGAGGGUCUAGACCUAGACACCUCGAAAUACAUCUUGGCCAAUGUUGGAGACCAGUUCUGCCAGCUUGUUAUGUCAGAAAAGGAGGCCAUGAUGAUGGUGGAACCCCAUCAGAAAGUCGCGUGGAAACGAGCAGUGUGUGGCAUCCGGGAAAUGUGUGACGUGUGCGAGACCACGCUCUUCAACAUUCACUGGGUGUGCCGCAAGUGUGGCUUCGGAGUGUGCCUGGACUGUUAUAGGCUGCGCAAGAGCCGCUUGCGAGAAGAGCCUGACGACGGCCCAGAUGAUGAGGUCUUCUCUUGGUUGAAGUGUGCCAAGGGCCAGCCUCAUGAGCCCCAGAAUCUCAUGCCCACCCAGAUCAUCCCUGGCACAGCUUUGUACAAUAUUGGGGACAUGGUACAUGCUGCACGGGGCAAAUGGGGCAUAAAGGCUAAUUGCCCCUGUACCAGUCGCCACUCCAAACCUCAGAUACGCUCAAGUGCCCCCAAUGGUCUCUCACAGUCGGGUGUCAGCUCUAGCACCGGCAGCCCCGGUAGUGGCGGGAGUGCGACUGGAUCAGGCCCGGCUGGCCCAGGUGGGGAUGUGAAAACCGCUAAUGCAGAUCCAGCUGCCGAAGGAGGCAGCGAGGCUGCCGGGGAUGCUGGUGACCCCAACAGUGCCCCUGCUGCAGCCCAGACCCCUACAGCCAAGGAGCUUCGCCCACUUGGCACGGAGAGCCCUUCCCCCUCUGCUUUGCACUGGCUGGCAGACCUGGCCACCCAGAAGGCCAAAGAAGAGACAAAAGACUCCAGCUUGUUGCGUUCGGUAAUGGGGCGUGACGCUCGCUCCCCCUUCAGCCUGGACUCCUUCAGCUCUCAGUCCAAACACUCCAACGUCUCCAGCCCGAAACUCUUCAACAGCCUGCUCUUGAGCUCCAGCGCCACCCAGCCCAAGGCAGAGGGCUCCAGCUUGAGGGACCUGCUGAACUCUGGGCCUGGGAAGCUUCCACAGGGGCCUUCUGACACUGGGGUGCCCUUCCCCUCUGUGUUCUCUACGUCGUCUGUGGUCUGUGGUGACAAGACCAAGGGCAACCUGCCCAACUUCCUGGACCACAUCAUUGCGUCUGUGGUGGAGACGAAGAAGGCAGAAGCCCGUCGCGGUCCUCUUGAAGGAGGAGAGGCGGCAGCUUCGGGCCGUCGGGAUGGUGUCAUGGGACUCGGUGUACUGGACUCUCAUACUUCCCACUCCUGGCUAUGUGACGGGCGACUACUUUGCCUGCAGGACCCCAGCAAUAGCAACAACUGGAAAAUCUUCCGCGAGUGCUGGAAACAGGGACAGCCUGUUCUGGUCUCUGGUGUACACAAGAAGCUGAACAACUGUCUAUGGCGGCCGGAGGCCUUCAGCAAGGAGUUUGGCGACCAGGAUGUUGAUCUGGUCAACUGCAGGAAUUGCGCUAUAAUCUCUGAUGUCAAGGUUCGGGACUUCUGGGAUGGCUUCCAGGUGAUCUCUAAGCGGCUGCAUGGCACGGAUGGCCAGCCAAUGGUGCUCAAGCUGAAGGACUGGCCUCCGGGAGAGGAUUUUCGAGACAUGAUGCCUUCGCGGUUUGAUGACCUGAUGGAAAACCUCCCUCUCCCGGAGUACACCAAGAGAGAUGGGCGUCUCAACCUGGCCUCCCGGCUGCCAAACUUCUUUGUGCGCCCAGACCUGGGGCCCAAGAUGUACAAUGCUUAUGGACUGAUCUCCACGGAGGACAGGAAAGUGGGCACUACAAACCUGCACCUGGAUGUGUCUGAUGCUGUGAAUGUUAUGGUGUAUGUGGGAAUCCCACAUGGUGCAGACAACCAUGAGGAGGAAGCAGAUACCUCUGGAUAUAAAGAGGUCAUGAGAACCAUUGAGGAGGGGGACGUGGAUGAGAUGACCAAGCGACGGGUCUACGAGGGAAAGGAGAAGCCAGGAGCUCUAUGGCACAUCUAUGCUGCCAAGGAUGCUGAGAAAAUACGAGAGCUGCUCCGCAAGGUGGGUGAGGAGCAAGGGCAAGAGAACCCACCUGACCACGACCCCAUCCAUGAUCAGAGCUGGUAUCUGGACCAAGUGCUGAGGCACAGGCUGCAGGAGGAGUAUGGUGUACAGGGCUGGUCCAUUGUGCAGUUCUUGGGGGAUGCGGUCUUCAUCCCUGCUGGAGCUCCACAUCAGGUUCAUAAUCUGUACAGCUGUAUUAAGGUUGCAGAAGACUUUGUUUCCCCUGAGCAUGUGAAGCACUGCUUUAGAUUGACACAGGAGUUCAGACACCUGUCUAACACUCACACCAAUCAUGAGGAUAAGCUGCAGGUGAAAAACAUCAUAUACCACGCAGUGAAGGAUGCUGUUGCAACCCUGAAAGCCCAUGAAUCCAAACUGGCUCGCUCCUAACUGUCUGACCUUGCUGUGGCCUCGACACAAAACUGCUGCGGGGAAAUGGAGAUGAAUUGCCUCACUUGGUUCUCGCACCCAGGACUUCACUCAGCUUCUUGCAUAGAUGAGAACACUUCGUUAGUGUUAACUUUUAUUGUUUGAUUACAAGUUUUUUUUCCUUCAUAUUUAAGGUCAGUGUUUCAGUUCUCAUGGGGCAGACAUCAAAUUCAGGAGCAAAUCGGAGACUUUGGAUGGUGAGGUGCCUUCUGAAUGGAGAUGAAGCUUCCGUUUGUAUUAGCAACUUCAGCUUGACGGUUUAACCCCCUAAACCUUCCCCUAACGGAUGUGUUUUAUGUGGCUUUAGAAUUGUUUGAAAAAUAUCGACAGAAAUAAAAUGAAACAAAAGUCCCUCCAUCCUCUCUGAUGGGCAUGAGCUUGAGAAGUUAAGGUUAAUAGACCAAAGUUUUGUAUUUUGUUUUCUUUUUCCUCAUUUUGAGUUAUGGCUUCCCUCACACUUCUUUUAUACACAGAGGAAAGACAGUUACCAUCUGAGAAUUGAAAAAUUACAAUCCUUCAAAAGUGUGUGUGUGCGGGUGAAAUUUUUUUUUGCCUUUUUUUUUGUGUUUUUUUUUUUUUUUUUUUUUUGCUCACCCCUUUUUGUCCUGGAAUGAAUGACUCACUGCAUUGUAUAUUGUACCAGAAUUAAAAUUCAUACAGUUAAGAAC